AUGGCGUGGAACGUAUUUCGCUUCCUGGCGGAUAUUUCCCACCUCGCCUCGAUUUGUAUCCUGAUCUGGGCUAUUCAUAAGAAUCAAAGUGCCGAGGGUAAGUGUCAAGGGCUCUGGAACCAAGACAAGACCUUCCACGAUCGAGGAGAAUCGGGCGUUGGUGAAGCUGACUCUGGGGUUGCUUAUCUAGGUGUCUCGCUCCUCACACAGAUCCUUUAUGCUCUUGUGUUUGUCACUCGCUAUCUGGACCUUUUCAAUAGCAACACGUGGUCGUUCGCCAACUACGGCGCCAGCGUUAUCUGGAAUGCGUGUUUCAAGCUGUUCUUUCUGGGCUCGGCCUUCUACACGAUUUUCGUCAUGAUGAAGGUGUUCCCCCGCACCCGUGAGCGCGAGCGCGCCUGGAAGCUCGGUAUCUACUCGGUCAUCGGGUCGCUCGUGCUGGCGCCGAUAUCCAUCGCCGCCCUGGAGCCUGAUGAGCUCAGUCAUUGGUUCUUGGAGUUCCUCUGGGCCUUCUCGAUUAUUCUUGAAUCAGUUUGCGUCCUGCCGCAGCUUCUGCUCCUCCGGCAAACGACCGUACCCACUGUCAUUGACUCGUACUAUCUCGUUGCGCUGGGUUCCUAUCGCGCCUUCUACAUCUUGAACUGGCUGGUGCGCGGCUUCGGCGCCGAGAAACACUGGGACCCAAUUGCUUUCAUAUUCGGCAUCGUGCAGACCGCGUUCUACGUUGACUUCGCGUGGGUUUACUACUCGCGGCAGCGCGUGAAGCUGCGCAAUGGCGGCGUUGUCGACUCAGAGGAUUUCCGCAAGAGCUGGCUGGUCAAUCGGGUGAUCAACUUCCGGGGCGGGCGGGCCUCAACCGACGAGGAGGAGCAGUUUCACGGCGAAAGCGGAAAUGAGGGACUUGCGGCUGGGGGCAAUAAUCGAUGGGGCGCGAGAGGCAUUUCAAUCGCGGCGGAUGAUACCCUGGAGCAGCACGGGCGCUACGGGCACGAUGAGGAUGAGGACGCUUUGGAGGGUGUUUUGGAGGACGAUCCGCUGGACCCUGCGGCUGGACGGCGGGCGCGCAGCUGA